CAGCCCACACCCACUCACUCUCUCCCCGCCAUACAACUAAGCAAAACAAGCCCUACUAGCGGGUUUGCAAGAGCAACCGUGCUUCGCAAUGGAGGUUACAGAGAAAUUAGACACGAAGAAUCGUCCCGAUGAAUGGUUGAUCGAACAGGGGAUGGCCGGCCACAAACUGCCCAUCCUCGACCAAAGUGGCGAAGAGACCGUCCACCGGUACCCCAGCGACCCCGCCCCGAUCACGCAGGAUCGAGCCGCGAUAGAAGCGAUUGGAGACCGGGACGAAUUGUUUGCCCGGGAGCGGGCAGGCUGGGUUGGAUAUGUCGAAUGGGAGAACUACCCGGAUAAGAAAGCCAAGGCGCACAAGAUCCUGACCUCGCAGACCUUCCCCAGCUCUCCCGACUAUCAAUUCGGACCCAUCCCGGGAACCAACCCGGUCUUGUCGGGCGACGACUUCAAAGCCUGGCAUGCCGCCAUCGGAGGCGAGCUGACGAGGGCCGCCGAUGACUCGUGGCGCAUCGUGCUGCAGGAGAAGCAUCCGGAUAUGCUGCAUCUGCUGCAGUUUCCCUACAACGGCGAGCCCCCGAAGCGGCUGACGACCGCGCAGCCUAUCACCCCGAACCCCUUGCACUUUGUGCGCAACCACGGCGGGAUUCCGCUGAUCGACAAGGAUCAGUACGAGCUGCAGCUCGACGGGUUGGUCCGGAAUCCGAAGACGUACACGCUGGAUGAGCUGAUGGACGAGAGUCGAUUCCCGCGCAUGGAGAAGACGGUUACCAUGCAGUGCUCGGGGACGCGACGGAUCGAGCAGAUCAACCUCUACAGUGGGCAGGGCGACGAGGUUCCGCAGGCCCCGUGGGCGGAAGGGGCGAUUGGGACCGCUCGAUAUGUCGGGAUCAGCAUGAAGAAGCUCAUCAAGGACGGCGGGGGGCUGGUCGACGGGGCCAAGCAUCUCGAGCUGUACGGGGCUGAAACCUACAUCAAGGACCUGCAUGCGAUGAACUACGUGGUCAGCGUGCCGUGGUCCAAGGUCAAGGCCAACGAGGUCAUGCUCGCGUGGGAGAUGAACGGAGAGCCACUCCCCAAGAUCCACGGGUAUCCGCUGCGCGUGGUGGUGUUCGGGUACAUUGGGGCGCGAAGUGUCAAGUGGCUCUACAGGAUCAAAGCCAUCCCAACGCCCUCGCUGGCUCCCGUGCAGAGUCGGGAGUAUCUGUACUGGAACCAGCAGAUCGGCAAGUACAACCUGCGUCCGAUCGAUGGCAUCCAGAUCCAGGAGAUGCCGGUCAGCUCGGCGAUCAUGACCCCUUGGCAGAACCAGGUCAUCAUUCACAAUGGAUCCAUCAAAUGCAAAGGCUGGGCGUACAGUGGGGGAGGCCGGUGGCCCGAGCGAGUGGAGCUCUCGGCGGAUGGAGGCUUCAAUUGGUAUGCUGUCAAGGAGGAGAAUCUGUCCAAAAAGGGCAAAUGGACCUGGCGGACCUGGGAGACUGAGAUCCCCUGCGAUGCAGAAGGGUGGAUCGAACUGGUCGUUCGCACCUGGGAUAAUGCGCUGAAUACCGAGCCGAUUGGCAUCCGACAGACGUGGAACUGGGGUCUCCAUGUCACGAGCUCAGCGCAUCGGGUCAAGGUGUAUUCCGUCAAUAAGACUCGUGAGCAGACCCGAAAGCGCCUGGCUCAAUUCGAGGAAAUGGGCAUCCCACUUGCUCCCAUCACCAAAUAUGAGGUGGUGUCAGGGCUGAGCGAUGAGGAGUUGCACGCGUACUGGAAGGCUCAUCCCCGUGAUGUCGAUGAUUGAUGACAGGAUAGGACUGUGGCCACAGUUUCAGUCUUUCCUGAGCAUUGCGCGAACUGUCCGUCCGUAGGAAGUUGGUUAUUUUGACGAACCUGAGAAGGUAAACGAACGUUAUAGCAUCAAUGAAAGAAGAGUUCAAUACUGCUGCGUCUAGAAUGCUAAGGUAUACG